UCAUGACAUCCCUGUUUAAUCGUUUAAUGUUCGGUAAAUAACAAGGAUGAAGUGAUAACUGGACGGGAUAACAUUUCUGAACACGCCAAGUUAAUGAGAGAGGCUCUAAGAAUCGAUCUAAAAAACCAAAAAUCAAAGGUAAAAGAAUCGAUUUUCUAAAAAAAUCAAUCUUGGAUCGAACAUCUCUACUUUAGUUGGUACAUACAUGGUGGAAUCUGGUGGAAUCAUAGAUUCCACACAUCUGACACAUCGUUGACACCACGAGUACAUAUCGUAUGAUACGUAUCUCAUUACCAAUAUUGGUUGACUAGACGGCUAAAGUUUAUUAUAUUAUAUUAUAUUAUAUUGUGCUUGUAUUUUGUUUUAUACAUAACUGCGAUCAUUUGCUCCUGUUUAUGUAUAGAGUGCCAAAGGCUGUUUCAACAUGAUCCACAAAGGAUUACGUCCAUUAGUACUCUGUGGUCCAUCAGGCUCUGGAAAAAGUACUCUGAUAAAGCGAUUGUUUGAUGAAUUUCCUGAUACCUUCAAAUUUUCGGUGUCUCAUACUACUAGAAUGCCACGGUCUGGUGAAGAGGAUGGGAUUCACUAUCAUUUCACAAACAAAGAAAAAAUGCAAGAACAAAUAGAAAAUGGAGAGUUUAUUGAAACUGCUGUAUUUAGCGGGAAUCUAUAUGGAACGAGCAAACAAGCGGUUGAAGAUGUACAAAGUUUAGGAAAGAUAUGCGUGUUAGAUAUUGACAUACAAGGUGUGAAACAAAUAAAACGCAUCGAUCUGAAUCCCUUUUACAUAUUUAUAAAACCACCAUCUGUUAUGGAAUUGGAGCAACGAUUAAAGGCUAGAAACACAGAAACUGAAGAAUCUUUGAAACGUAGAUUAUUGAUUGCCAAAUCUGAAUUAGAAUAUGGUGAAACACCUGGUAACUUUGACGUUGUUAUAGAAAAUGAUAAUUUGGAAGAAGCGUAUCAGAUUUUACGCAAUUUUGUAUUGUCUAAUUAUAAUCCUCAUUGCCAUACAGACAAGACAACAAGCUAAUAGUCGAGAAUUGAAAUCUAAUGGAUCCCUGAAUGUAACUCAUAUCUGGACAUGAAUAACGAAUUGUUUUCCAUGAUGUUUUCGCAAAUUACUAUUUCGGAUGUAUCUGAUAAACAUGUAAUUAAAAGGUACACACACACACACACACACACACAAAUUUUAAAUGUUGAAACUGAAGCUAAUCCAUAUAAUCUACAUCUUU